AUGGACAGCCACAAGGACCAGCUGGCAAGAAGGAGGGGGAUGCAGAGUGGCCAUGGUGGUGGUGGUGGUGGCGGUGCUGGGGAUCGCGGUGGAAGUGGGCGCAACAGUGUGAGGUCGAGUGGUGGCAGCAGCAGGGCACAUGUUACGAGCCGCGGGAACCGCAAUCGUGGUGACGAUGACGACGACGACGACGAUGAUUGCCAUGCUUGUGAUGACAUGGACAACACCUCCAUCCGCCUUCAACACGCAAACAGCUUCAACAUUCAACAGAGCGUUGGCAACAACAAUGAAUACUACGUCGACGACGACGCCGAUGACGUGGAGGAUGGCAGCGGCGCCAACGACGACGAUGGAAGAGCGCCACUCCUGGCCAAACAGCGAGGGCAUAUACAGCAGGACAUCUAUGUCGUGGAAGAGCCGACCUCGCCCUCGUCUUCCACAGACAGAACAGCAGGCGGUGGCGCGCAAACGGAGGUGGACAAGCUCCUGGAUGCUGUUGGCCUCACCCGCAGCCAGCGCAAGACUUCCCUCAUCGUCCUCGGGCUCUUCUGGUUCUUUUCAGGCGUGGAGUAUGCUGUGAUCCUGCCGACCAUCUGGAAGUUUCUGCAGGCGCUUGGGAUGGACCACCGCUGGUUCCUGGGCCUCACCAUCUCCGGCAUCAGCAUCGCCAGCAUGAUCAGCAGCCCCGUUUUUGGCCUCUUCGCCGACGCCGGCGGCACGAAGAAGCUGCUGCUUGCCGCGGGCGUGUUCAUGGUGUGCGGAAACUUUGUGUACAUGAUCGCCAAUGACGCGUACUGCGUGCUUGAGUCGCGCUUCCUGUGCGGGCUGGGCAACGGUGUGGCUGCGGCCUCCUUUGCGUACCUGGCCCGCGUGAGCACGCGCGAGGAACGCACGUCUGUCAUCGGCACCGUCAUCAUGUGCCGGCAGCUGGGCAUCCUCGUUGGGCCGGGCCUCAACUUUGCCUUUGAGGGACUCCGCUUCCACCUCGGCCCUUUCCUGGUGGACAGCCUGUCCGCGCCAGGCGCCAUCAUGACGGUUCUGUGGACGGUCUCGCUGCUCAUCAGCGCGUUUGGAUUCCACGACAUCCAGCGCCUCCCGCCGGGCGAACGCGGCACAGACGCUGGCAGUGGGGCGGAAGACCGAGUGGUGGGAGGCGAAGAGAGCCUUGCUGUUGGCAUGACGCGCGUGCAGGAGUACACGCAGCUGCACGUGGUGGUGCUGUUCCUCGUGCAGUUUCUGUGCAUCUUCAACCAGGUUGGCCUUGAGACGUGGGUCACCCCUUUCACGCAGCAGUACUUUGGGUGGUCGGAGACGAACAACAGUAUCAUGUACAUUGUUGUUGGCGCGGUUGCCAUUGUCUCGUUUGUGCUCGUGCGCGUGCUCACGUCCUCGUUUGGCGUCACCGACCGCUGGAUCAUCGGUGCCGGCAUCGGUUUCGAGUUCACGGGGUACGUUUGGGGCGGGGGUAUAUGGUUUGUUUGUUUGUUUGUUUGUUUGUUGGUUUGCUUGCCGUUCCUGUUCAUCCCAGCGCCGGCCAUCCUGUCCAAGCUGACACGCACUAUGACAGUGCUAGGUACCUCCAAGCCGUAUCCCCUCUAUUGA